GCUGUGUGGAUGAGAGGAAUGCAGGCACGUAACCCUGGACCGUUUGUUAGUACAGGAACCCCCGUAUCGCUCAACUGGGCACUAACUCCUUAGCGGACCGCGCCCCAAAGACGCCCGCCGAAGACCGCUCCAACCCGUGACCCUCGACGUCAUUGUCCCCCAGCAAGAUCCAAAGUGUGAGAUACGUACCAGUUCAGGGAAAUCUCCUUAAAAGGCAAGCAAAGGCUCUCCUCCCUCUACUCGCAACUCUCCUCUUUCUUUUCUUCCUCAAGUCACACAAAAACCUAACGAUUCCACGAAAGAUAUCAUUCUCAACCCUCAAGCACCCUCUGCCCCACCUACACACCCCUGCAACUGCACGUCACCGCGCCAAACAAACAAUCACCAUGUCUGAGUCCAACAAGAAGUUCUCCAUCCAGCCCAUCGAUGAGCAGGAGCAAGAUAAGGGCACCUUCCAGAAGCUCAGCGAGGAGACCAAGAAAGUCCUCGAAGCUCACUCCGCCAACCCUGGACCUGUCAUCAGUGAUAACUUCAAUGCUCAGGAGGAGGGGACCAAGGAGGAGCGUCAUGAGAAGGCAAAGGACCUCAACAACUGAAUGGACUCGACCAUCAUCUUCCUAGUUUUCAUUUUUUCCAUGGCCGACUCUUGGACGGAUCCCUGACCGGGCUGUAUUACUAUGCGUGUAUUAGUUUUAAUGACGAACCUGACGAACCUACAACAACUAUGAAUUGUCCCAUAUGUG